AUGUCAAAAUUAAUAUCUUUUGCGUUAGUUACAUUAGCAGUUAUUGCUUUUACGAGCCCAGUAUCAGCGACCAGCAGUGUCCAACUCCCAGCGGUGUACCCAUUGGUGAACAUUCUCCUCCCACUGCUGAACAAUGUGUACAAUCUCCUACUCUCUCUCCUGUCCAUAUUCGACACUCUCCCACCGGCAAUAAGCGCCGUAAUACCGGUCGAUCUUGGAGCUUUGGAGACUUCUCUACUGAAGCUGUACUCCCAAGCAUUGGCUAUCGUUAAUUUCCUGAGGUCAUUGCCUGAAUAUGCGACCGGCGCAAACCCCAAGCCCAGCUCUGACUCCAACAUGCAGGGUCUCCUCACAUCCCUGGUGGUUACCAUCACAGAUCUGGGUGAGGAUAUCCUCACCGGCAUUGGUGGCGGACUGCUUCCUGCACUACUAAAGCUGGUCGUCAUGGUCGUACAAACGUUACUCAAUUUGCUCAUUUGA